ACUGCGUGUUGAGGAGAUGUCAGUGGCGGGAUUGAAGAAACAGUUCCAUAAAGCGACCCAGAAAGUAAGUGAGAAGGUUGGAGGAGCAGAAGGGACCAAACUUGACGAUGAUUUCAAGGAAAUGGAAAAGAAGGUGGACAUCACCAGCAGAGCAGUUCUGGACAUCAUGACAAAAACCACAGAAUACCUUCAACCAAAUCCAGCUCACAGAGCCAGGUUGAGUAUGAUCAGCACCAUGUCCAAGUUCCGGGGCCAGGAGAAAGGUCCCGGUUACCCGCAGGCAGAGAGUGUUUUGGGGGACGCCAUGCAGCACUUCGGACGGGAACUGGGCGAGGAAUCCAGCUUUGGUGUGGUGAUGCUGGACGUCGGGGAGGCCAUGAGGGAGCUGGGGGAGGUGAAGGAUGCUCUGGACAUGGAGGUCAAACAGAACUUCAUCGACCCACUGCAGAACCUUCAUGACAAGGACGUCAAGGAGAUACAGCACCACGUAAAGAAGAUGGAGGGCCGGCGGCUGGACUUCGACUAUAAGAGGAAGCGCAUGGGGAAGGUCCAAGAGGAGGAGCUCCGCCAGGCACUGGAGAAGUUUGACGAGAGCAAAGAGAUUGCCGAGCAGAGCAUGUUCAACCUGAUAGAGAGUGAUAUAGAGCAGGUGAGCCAGCUAGCAGCAUUGCUUCAGGCUCAGCUGGAAUAUCACAGCCGCUCUGCAGAGAUCCUGAAGCAGCUGUCCAGUAAAAUGGAGGACAGUAUCAAGGAAUCCUCCAGUCGACCCAGGAAGGAGUUCACUCCAAAGCCCAGGAUGACCCUGGAGCUGCUGCCCCCCAGCAAGAGCCUCAACGGGGGGCUCCACUCCGCCAAGUCCCCCAGCAAAUCUACUGCGCCCCUAAGCCAGCCGUGCUGCCGGGCGAUCUACGACUUCGAGCCGGAGAACGAGGGCGAGCUGGGCUUCAAGGAGGGUGACAUCAUCACCCUGACCAAUCAGAUCGACGACAACUGGUACGAGGGAACCAUCAACGGCCAAUCAGGCUUCUUCCCUAUCAACUACGUGGAUAUUUUGGUGGCACUUCCUCAAUAG